AUGACUUCCAGCCUGACUCCAACCAUCACUAAAUCCUGGCUUCAGGAUCUCAAGAGAAACGCUUCAAAUGGAACAAGCUCUCUCAAUUACUGGGCCGUGAACCAGUCGACCCUGAUAACAACUUCUCAGCCGAUCUUUUUCAGCCUCGGAACAGGCGCGCAGAUCCUCGAUGCAACCGUCUCCAAAUGUGAAGCAACCAAUCAUGAACUCAUCAUCACGACCUGUUUUUGGGCCAAGUCAUCGUCACAAGAAGCAAUAUCAGCUCUACUCAUCAAGUUGUCUGCCAAAGCCAUUGCCCAGAACCGUAAAAUCCACGUCCGUAUAUGUUUCUCGUCCUAUUCCAUUACACAAAAGCUAUUCCAGACAUCAUCACUGAGCGGGAAGAUAUACCCCCCAUCAAGCUGGACAAAUCUCUGGCUACCGUCUCCUGAGCAGUUGGCAGGUUUAGAUAUGGAAGUUAAGAGCGUUUUUGUACGGCCGUUCAGCGUCAUGCACCCAAAGUUCAUCCUGGUCGACCGCAAACUAGUAUUCAUGCCCUCCUGCAACGUCAGCUGGGAAGCCUGGUUUGAGGGAUGUAUCGAGAUGAAAGGCGGCAUUGCAGAAAAGCUAUUCGACUUUUGGGUCACCUUUUGGGCACAGGGGAAGACCUCUUUGCCCGCGUUCCUUCCCGAUGAAGUUGAACCCGAUCAGACAUCGCACCCGGACCCAGGAAAGAAUACACCCUCUCUCAUAAAGCAGGCAGACUUCUCCCCUGAACUUAUGACACCGCAAACAAUCCUCCUCCCCUCGCCGCACCAUCGCAACCCUCGCUUCCACUUCAACUUCACCACACCACCGCCCUGCCCGCCGACCCCUCUCAACCUCUUCCUCCUCCAGAUAUUCGCGCAAGCGAGACGGACAAUCUUCAUCCAGACACCAAACAUAACUUCCGCGCCAGUAGUUGCAGCUCUUCAUUCAGCACUCACUCGUGGUGUAGAUGUGCACCUUGUAACCAGCAGAAAACUGAUGAUUCUCGAGCAACUCGUCACAGCUGGAACGAUCACUGAAUUCGAGAUUUGGAAACUCCGACGAUGGCAUCGGAAGUUGCAUGCAAUGCAUGCUAAGGGUGAUGCAGAACUUGGGUCGCAGAGACCGGGUGGUUUGAGAGUAGGUUACUACCAUGCCAGGGAAGGGGUCAGGGACAAAAAUGAGCCAGUCAAGAGUCACUUAAAGCUUGUGAUCGUGGACGAGGAAGUUACGGUGCAGGGCAGUGGGAAUAUGGAUCGUGCUAGUUGGUAUACCAGUCAAGAGCUUGGUGUCGCAUUUUUCUCUGCGGAUAUCGCGACUAUGACCCGCGAUUGCGUGAAUGAGGGUUUGAUCGGGAGAGUCGAUUAUGUCUCCUAG